AUGCGUCUCUUCCUGCUGCCCAUCUCCACCCGCCGCUCCCUCAUCUACUGCGAGACGCUGCACGAAAAGGCCCCCCGUGACCGCUCGCUCUACGACAAAAUCACCAUCAAGGCCAGCGAGACGUGGGUCGCCUGGGAAAAGGACCCAAAGGCCAUCUGGGACUGGAAGAGAAAGGUCACCUUCUACGGCAACCACGCCCUGAAGCGCAUCCCCUACGAGGAAUGGGGCCUCAAGACCAUCCCCCCGCUCACCGCCCGCCGCAAGCACGAGAUCCGCACCGGCACCGCACACUAUGAGGUCCUGUUCCCCGGGCGAUACCUGCCCCAGGACCGCGUGCCCACGCUGCUGCACAGGCUGGCCAAGGAGAAGCAGAACAUGCACCGCACCAAGCUCAUCUGGAGCGUCGUCAUCAUGCCCUUUACCGCCCCCUUCAUGCUGGUGCCCGUCAUUCCCAACCUGCCCUUUUUCUACGUCCUCUACAGGGCCUGGUCGCACUGGAAAGCCCUGGGCGGCUCCAAGCACCUCGAGUUCCUCCUCAGACACAACCUGCCCAAGCCAAACCCCUCGUGCACCCUCGAUGAGCUCUACACGGCCGGCCUCAUGUACCCCACCCGCGCCCUGUCCCGCGCCGCUCCCCGCCCCACGCCGCAGCAGGCCAACGAGGUGGCCGCCGUCGUCCACCAGCAGACCAACAACGAAACCGAAGACGUCAUGGUCUUGCAGCGCUGGAACGGCAAGCUCAUCGCCGAGCAUUUCAACCUGCCCGACAUGGAGGUGGAAAUUGAGCGCGCAGUCGGCCAGGUCGAAGGCGCCAUCAAGUCAAAGGAAGAGCGCAUCGAGGAGAAGCUCGAGCAAGAGAUGGCUGCUGGCGGCAACGGAAUGCGUGCAAAAGACACGCUGCCCAAGGAAAUCCUCGAAACGAUACACGAAAAGGCCGAGCAUGUCGCCGAUGCGGGCCAAGAAGGCAGGAACUAG